AUCUCCUUGCGAUUCGCAGUAUCAGUGAUCAUUUGGCCACAUGUAAACAACAGGUUCUCCAGAAACGGCUCAUCAUCAGGCACCCGCGCGGUCUGGCGGUCGAUGCGCUGGCAGAUUAGCGCAUGCAGCGAGAAGGUCAUCUGAAGCCUGCCUCGCUCUCUUAGGAGCUGUGAACCCUUGACACACUGGGGAAGGCUCUCAGGCGAUGCUUUGGUCAAACAUCGGGCCUACUAACCAAGCGCGACUUGACGCGAUCGACACUGUAUAUUACGGUCCAUGUACACCGGCCUCACGGAUGAGGUCGCACGUGUGGGGGUCCCUAAUCAUGUGCUCUGGUAUUGGGGUUUGAGGUUUCGAGGUAACAUGCAGUAUGCAGAUCUCAGACCGACCCAAGGAUGUCGUGCUCUAAUAGCGUGGGCGCGGCAUGCCAUCCCAUUGCCUGGCGUAAGGAUGCCUGCUUACCAUCAAUAUUUCCUGCAUCACCACAAUUCGCGUCCAGCUGGCAUAUCCGUCGUAUCAAAUGUCUAUAGGACGAACGCAACGGGGGUACUUGUGUCACCAUCACAGCAACUACUAUCCCGGAGUGCUUAUUUGGUGGAGCUAAUUUCCAUCAACAUGGACGUUUUGCAUGCAUCUAUCUUUAGGGCGACCCCUGCAGUCCAACAGAUCUCUCUUGUUGCAGCACAACGUUCAUUGAUACUUCAAGCUAUCAAGCCAUUGUUUCAGCAGUCAUCAUAUGAGUAUGAUGCCCUUCUGACUUACACAGCGUAGGCAUCGACACUACGACAAAGGACGGCAUGUUUGUCGGGAAGAGAUCGAAGAUCAGCCUCCUCCCACCUGCCCACGCCAAACCCACCUCUCUGGAUCAGCGUGCCAUACGUAGUCGUUACCCCAGAUCUCGUU